AGCGAAACGCUGUGCAAUGGGUUUUCGGCGGCCAGCAGAGGCUGGCAGUCACGGGUGUCUGACAUUCCUUGCCGAGACGGUUGCUAUCAGGUCAACCUGUGCUCAUCGAUGGCACCUGGAACCCAUGUCCGCCACUGAGAUAUUAAAGUGAGCAGGAUGUUCGAUAUACGACAUUAACACCUUCCCCCAAGUAAUGCGCUUAUUUUUCUGCACGAUCCUCUACCUCGUUCAAGUGAUCCGAGCUUCCCAGACUAUCAAUACUAGCGAAGAUUAUGAAGCUCUGUCGUUAUCAUUCACGAACAGAACUUUGUGGAAUAUCAUCUCCAGUUGUGUUCUCACUCUCUUUGCGUGCAUAUACAGCACCGUUCACCCCAAUAUUCCGAGUCCUGAGGACAGUCCCGUUUCUAUCAUAUGGCGGCGACUUGGUAUGAUGAUAAUGGUGCUGUUCUAUCCUGAACUCAUCAUCGCAUGGGCCAUGGGCCAGUGGCUCAGCGCUCGCCAGGUUACAAAGAAGUUCAAGAAAUCGGGACAUUUCGGUGUUGAAGCACCUGCAGAGCAAUAUGAACUUGAAGAUCGUGACGGCACUCGGCUUCUCGAACCGCAUGCUGAAGUUGCUGCUUCGGCAGUUCAUAGUACUCCGGUGUCCACUUCAGGAUAUGGGUUAACUCGUGCUCUCGCGAAACCAUUCAAAACGUUAUGGAAGGCUUAUUUUUCAAAGCAAUUUGAAGAUUAUGAGUGGACUCAGACGCACAGCUUCUUUGUGCUGAUGGGCGGUUUCAUGCUUUAUGAUGUAGACGGGAAACCCUACUCUACAAUACAGCCUGGCCAACUUCUCAGGCUCAUAGACGAAGGGUGUAUCGAUGCACCUAUCAUAACGGCAAAUCAGAUUCGCGACAAGAGCAAAGGCAACGUGAUAUCAAAAGGAACUCUCAUGCUUCAGGUGGGGUGGUUCGUUAUGCAGCUCAUCACCCGCGCUGUCUAUCACCUCGACACCACCGAGUUUGAAAUAGCGACACUCGCUUUUGCGGUUCUCAAUUUCCUCACAUAUCCUAUGUGGUGGAAUAAGCCCCUCGAUGUACAAUGUCCUUACCCAGUGUACUGGAAGUCAACCACGUCAGUACCAAGCGACUACUUUAAUGAGUAUGAAGAAUUUGAAGAGUCCUUCCCUAUGAUUUUGCAAAUCAUUUUAACAUUCUUACUUUCACCUGUGGAGAUGCUGGGUGCCCCCGAUAUUAACGGCUCCCCAUCAUCCCGAAUGCUACGAGUUCGAACAUUUGGUGGCCACAUCCGACUGGAGGGCUGGUACGAGUAUGUUCCUUUCGUUGCCGCAUUCCUUAUGGCAACGAUCUUCGGCGGCGUCCAUUGUAUCGCUUGGUAUUUUACCUUCCCCACAUCGACGGAUCGGGCGCUAUGGCGCAUAAGUGCUAUUGCUAUAACUGGCACACCCAUUGCUGGAGCCUUAUUCGGAUACCUGAUGGGCCCAUUCAUUGUAUUUUGUGUCCUGUCAUACGUCUCAGGACGUGUCAUACUCUUGGUGCUUAUGUUUACCACCAUACGCGAUUUUCCUCCUGGCGCAUACCUGGCGGUGUCAUGGACGAGUAUCGUGCCCCAUUUGUAGCUCUGCUUAUGGUACCUGUCUUUGUAUAUUUUUGUGAUCAUAUUCACGCAAUGUCAUGCUUAUGGAC